CUGAGCGCAGAUGAAGAUUCAAAGUUAAGAAGACGAGAAAGGAAAGCAGAGAAGGGUCACUGUAUGCAUUGAGAGAUGAUUUAUAUAUCUAGGACUUGCUGAAAUCAGCAUAUUUAGUUGGUAGCAACUUUUUCCCUACCCACUAACUUGAGUUGGUGAAUUCAGGGUUUUUUUUUUUCUAUUUUUAUUCCUUAAGUCAGAGAAACAAAAGUAAGAAAACUUUUGGAGAAGUCUAGUGGAAAAACAAGAUUCUCAAGAGAGAUUCAGAUCAGGUUUUUGUUUGAGCUGUUUGAACUUUCCACAUCCAGAUCUGGACGCUGUGUGUUUUUUGCCACCAUGAUGGGCAGGUGGACCCUCCUGAUCCUCGCUCUCUGUCUAACCUUCGUCACGCCAAAAAAAUGCCCUGUUGGAUACAUGUCACAGAAUGGACAAUGCGUCGACUUUGACGAAUGCGACAUGGAUGAUGAAGAAUAUUUUCAUCCUCCGUGUGAAGAGCACGCAGUCUGUGUUAAUACAGUCGGAAGCUUUGUCUGUCCGUGCGCUGAAGGUUUCAGACAAUCUGGACAGACUCCCAAUCUUUCUGCUGGAUCCUCUGCUGUGUGUCAAGAUAUCAACGAGUGUACGGAAAGACCAGACAUUUGUGGACCUCAUGCCAGAUGUUUCAACACGGUUCCAGGCUAUUCCUGCUUUUGCGAUGAAGGAUUCAUUUCUUCCACUGGAGUGGAAGUGUUCCGUCGUGGUGACGGUGUCACAUGUAGAGAUAUUAACGAACGUCAGGAGGAGAACGUGUGUGGUCCGAACGCGACAUGUGUCAACACACAAGGCAGUUAUUACUGCAUCUGCAAUCCUGGCUUCCAGCUGAAAUCGGGAAAACUCAGCUUCUCUGGAGGUCUGGAGCGAUGUGAAGAUAUAUGUGUGAUUGACAGGACGGUGUGUGGAACUGGAACGUGCCACCAGGGACCCAGUGGUCAUUACUGCGCUUGCCAUUCAGGAUUUACCAACUACGGCAAUGGAAAGUCUCGCUGCACCAAAUUAGACUGUGAUGUUUUCAAAGAUGUCAGCGGUAUGAAUCAGAACUCUCAUACUGUACAAACUCUCAUGAAGAAGCUGAAAGAAAGUUGCAUGAACCUCACAGAGAGCGAGAAUCCUGUGGCGCUAGAUGGACUAGACCUACUAAAUAGACUGCUGUCUAUGAUCGACCACGUCCUGUCCGGUGGAGUCUUCAGGGACAACAGAGAAAUAUCAAUGCUUCUGGAUUUGUGUGAGAACGCUCUGAGAAUGGUAUCACCCUUCAUAAUGCCCCCAAGGAUGAGUAAAUCAUCUGUUCACACAGAGCUGGACCUGAUGGUCCAUAAGGGGUCCGUCUUGCCGUCCAACACUGACAGGUUCUCAACUUCGCACACUCGGCUGGACAUCCACUUAGAGACGGCAGCGGGAGAUCCUUCUUAUUACCCAGGCUUUACAACAGUUGCCUUGCUGAGCUACUCCAACCUGGAAGAAUCUGCAGGAUUCUUUGGAGAACUGAAACCACAAAACGGCAGUGGCUUCAAGAUAAACUCUAAAGUGGUGACCGUCGCCGUCAGCAACAGAAACACAAGCCACCUGAAGGAGCCAGUCAAUAUAACUUUAAACCAUCUAAAACAGACAAAUCAAACCCACACCUGUGUUUGGGACUCCUCACUGGACAGGGGCACGUGGUCCCCUCGGGGCUGCAGGGCGGUGGAGUCCACCCCUAAAUAUACCGUGUGCUCCUGUACCCAUCUGAGCAGCUUUGCUGUGCUUAUGGCCCUCUAUGAGUUAGAGGACAAGUUUGACCUGGAUCUGAUCACUUGGAUUGGUCUGUCCCUGUCCCUGGCUUGCCUGUUGGUCUGCAUCCUGACAUUCUCAAUGAUUCGAUCCAUUCAGAGUCCGAGAACUACCAUCCACCUGCACCUGUGCAUCAGCCUCUUCAUCGCCAACUUUAUAUUUCUUACAAGCAUCUCUCGAACAGAGAACCGGGUUGGCUGUGCAGUAGUGGCAGGAUUGCUGCAUUACUUCUUCCUGGCAUCGUUCUGCUGGAUGUGUCUUGAGGGCGUACAGCUUUUUAGGAUGGUUAUCCUGGUUUUCAACACAAGUUUCAAAACCAUCUACAUGAUGGCAGGUGGCUACGGAGUCCCAGCUGUAAUUGUUGCUGUCUCUGCAUCGGUUAAUCACGCGGAAUAUGGCACUCCCAAACAUUGCUGGCUAAGCAUCGACCACGGACACAUUUGGAGUUUCUAUGGCCCAGCCUGUGCCAUUAUCACUAUCAACAUUUUCUUCUUUCUCAUCACUGUGUGGAAGUUGGCCCAGAAGUUUGCAAGUUUAAACCCAGACAUGGAUAGCCUGCAGAAGAUAAAGACAUUCACCAUCACUGCAGUGGCUCAGCUCUGCGUGCUGGGCACCAUGUGGAUCUUUGGCUGUUUUAUGUUUGAGGAGAAAAACGUAGCCGUUCUUUAUCUGUUCACCGUCUUCGGCAGCCUUCAGGGGGUUUUGCUCUUCGUCAUGCACUGUCUGUUCUCCAAACAGGUGAGGGAGGAGUAUGGAAACAUCCUGUCUAGAUGUUGUGCACCCCGGAAGAAGACCUACUCAGAGUUCAGCCAACUCAGCAAAGCAAAUGCUUCCAAGAGCUCCCAGGACACAGGAGAGUCUCACAUUUGAGGAGCUGUGCUGUGACUUUGAAGAAAAAUCAGAUUUGCUGAGAUCUAGUAUGUCAUACAGUCGACAGCCGCCCUCCCAUCUGUAAAAGCACUUUGCUUUACUGCAAAUUUUCAAGUUCUGAAUGGGUUAUUAAUGCAACUCUAUGAUGGAUAAAGAGACACAAAAGAUGGAUUCAUAAAGGAAUUGAUAGAUUUGAAGACAUUGAAUGAAUGUUGUCAUGCAAAUAAAGUAGUCAGAUCCAAAAUAGGAAAACAUAGUUGACAGCAUUAAAGAGCUGUAAUGCCAUUUUUACCAAGUAAAUAUAUUAUUUAACGGCAUUUUCUGAACAGUUAACAUGACUCAGCUCUUGUAGUAUUCGACAGUGUGGUAUGUCGCAUAUUUUUAAUUAAUUAUUCCCUCAACAAGCUAUACUUCCUAGUUUAGGACCAAAACGUCCAUGACAUGCAGCAUGAUACUGAUUGUUGUCUUAUUCAGGUACUUUAUGAGAGAUUUUCCUAAGUAUGACGUCUUCUCAUUGUUAAGAUUUCAUCAGGACCCACUGGAACAGAUGUUCGUGCAUAUUGUAUAUUGCUGGUCAAUUUGUUGUGUUGAUAUGUUCAUUCCUGCUGUGUGUUUUAUAAGUUAAUAUUUUAAAUGGGUUUGUCUGUUUACAGAUCUCAGACGACAAAUGUUCAGAGGCUUUAGACUUUGGUUGUUAAUGUUCUCAAUUAUAUCUGUAAUGCCACACACUGGUUACACAUCGGCCAACACUUUGAAAGUUGCCAGGUGAAAAAAAAAAAAAGUUUUUUGACUGUAUUUUAUGAUUUUUAUGUUUGUGUCUUCUUGGGGUGUAUUUUUUUUUUAUAUAUAUAUAUAUAUGUUUUCUUGAGAGCUUAAAGCUAUUAAAAUAUUUUUAUAUACCUCACAUUUAAGGCUUCUUUGUAAUGUUGAGGUCACUGCUGCCAUAUUGCUUAAAUUAUUGAAUAUUAAAAUAAAGAAUAACAAGCCGAA